CCCAGCUGUGGCGGAUAUGUUGGCAGGCCUGUACUUGUGAGUUUAGCCUGCAGCAAACUAGUUGCACCUGAUCGUCCAGUCUCACUUUUGGAAACUUGGGAGUUGCCAGUAGUCAACUAGCAGCACAGAUUCUGGGACUCUUGAGUAGCAUCUCAUUCCACUUUGUUGCUUUGGAGAAGACACCAGCACUUGGAUAUUAUACUGAUGAGGAACCUGGCAAUGAAGACUCUACCAUUUUUCAUCCUUUCUUCAAGAAGCCCUAUGGAAUAACGCAGCUCAAUCCUCUUUGAUCAACUUUCUCUUUCUCCCCCUCUCCAUAUAAAAAGGGAUGGACCAAUUCAUCCGGAAACACUUGACUUUCCUUCAUACCUUCUGGAACAAAUGUUUGCCCAACGCCUCUCCCAAUAACCACUCUUUGGAUUUUUGGGAGCCCAUCCCGGAAGAAUCCCUGCACCCCACUCUGGACCCCGACCCUGCGGAGCCGCCUUUCUCCCUCUUUGACGUCCUCUACGACUUCACAGCCAGAAGCACAGAGGAGCUGAGCGUCAACCGCGGGGAGAAGCUUUGUGUCCUCAAAGAAGAAGGGGGAUAUGUCUUGGCCAGGCGGCUUUCUGGAGAUCCACUUGUGGGCUACGUCCCGGCAAAUUAUAUCAGCAAGAUCUGUCGGGAAAGUGCUGCCCAACAGCCUUGGUACCUAAGUGGCAUCAGCCGGAACAAAGCCAGUCUCCUCCUUCUCUCUCCUCCUAAUCGCCACGGCUCCUUCCUCAUUCGGGACAGCGAGAGCAACAAAGGGGAACAUUCCCUCUCAGUUCGGAAUCACUCCAAAGUGCGGCACUUCAGAAUCUACAAGGACCCCGGAGGAGGUUUUUACUUGGAAAAGGGGCACUCGUUUCCCACCUUGGCACAGCUCCUUUCCUAUUACACAGUCAAUUGGAAAGUCAUACAGAGCCCUCUGCUUCAGCCCUGCAUCCAAAAGCGGACUCCAGAGACAGACCAAUGGGAGCGGCCUCGUUCCGAAUUCCAGCUCUGGCGGAAGAUGGGAGAAGGAUGCUUCGGAGAGGUGUGGGAAGGAAUGUGGAAGAACACAGUGCCGGUGGCCAUCAAAAUCAUGAAGCAAGCUGACAUGAGAGAUGACUUUGCCAAAGAGAUCCAGAACUUGAAAAGCUUAAAGCACACGAGGCUCAUCAAACUCCUCGCGAUCUGCUCCGUGGGCGAACCAGUGUACAUCGUUACGGAGCUGAUGAGGAAGGGCAACUUACACAGCUACCUCAACACUGUUGCAGGGAAGGAACUCACAGCCCAUCACCUGCUCAGCAUUUCUUGCCAAGUGGCUGAUGGGAUGACCUACCUGGAAGAACAGCACGUUGUCCACCGAGAUUUAGCUGCCAGAAACAUCCUGGUUGGAGAUGACCUUGCCUGCAAAAUAGCUGAUUUCGGCCUCGCCAGGCUCCUAAAGGAUGAUAUUUACUCCACCAGCAGCAACACUAUGAUCCCCGUGAAAUGGACAGCACCUGAAGCAGCCAUCUACCAGACCUAUUCCCCCAAAUCAGAUGUCUGGUCUUAUGGGAUUCUUCUUUAUGAGGUUUUCACAUACGGGCAGUGUCCCUACGAAGGGAUGACCAACCAAGAAACCAUCCAGCAGAUUACGCGAGGUUACCGCCUUCCUCGUCCGAACACCUGCUCUCCAGAGAUUUACAGCGUGAUGCUGGAGUGCUGGAAGAGCCACCCAGAAGACAGGCCCAGCUUUCUCACCUUGAGGGAGUCCCUCUUCUCUAUUUACAAAUGGGGGCAUCAUCCGUUUUCUUGAAUGGGGAGACUCCAUCUCUGUUGGUGUUUAACACAGACUAUGAGUUUUAUCUCUUCUAUGGGAUUAGCUGCUAGGAGUAGGCAGCACAUUGCCUGGAAUAACCAGCUCGAGCGAGCCUUGGCCUCCAAGAACAUUUGCGCUUUGGAAGCUGGAAUGGAUGAAGAAGACCUUACUCUUGCCUUCUGCCUUGCGAUGAGUCCCGUUUUGGCUUUGCUGGCUGCGUUUCCCAGAAGAUAAUCUGCUAUUGAUGCUGCGUGCGCCCAAGAUGUCAUUGUGACGAAAAGCAGAAAAGGCAGUUUUUUCCUCGUUGGACAGCUGUGGACUGCUUCCCUUGCUGUGGGCGCCAGUCGGAUUUAAUUAUUCAAUAAAAACACA